CUCAGGAGCCGGUACUCCUCUCGGCGCGGUGCAGUCGCAGCUCGCCACCCGACCGGUAUGCACUAUCUGCGGGGGAGGAAGUGAGCCGCGCCGACCGGGGAAGAUGCAGGCGGAGGACAUGGAGGUACCUAUCAUUAAUAACCUUAACGAUAACGGCGACAGGCAGAGGCCAAAAGGGAAAGAUGUGUUCAAGGAGCAGCAGAAGGAGUCGGAGAGCUCCAUGGAGUCUCCAAACCUGGAGUUUGAGUACGGAGACACGGACGCACUGACUGCCGAGCUCUCAGAGCUCUACAGUUACACAGAGGAGCCAGAGUUUGCCCUCAACCGAGAUUACUUUGAGGAGGACUUCAGGAGCCAUGCUCGAGACAGACGGUGGAUCGAGCUGACGGUGGAGGAGCAGAGGUCCUACGUGAUGAGGCUGCUGGACGCGCUGGAGGUGACGGACAGAGACAAGAGGCUGAAGGUGGCCAGGGCCAUCCUCUACUUGGCUCAGGGAGUGUUUGAUGACUGUGACACGGAGGUGGACGUGCUCCACUGGUCCAGACACAAUGUCUUCCUGCUCUACGACAUGGGCAUCUUCACGGCACUGCUGGAGCUGCUCAGCAUGGAGAUAGAUAACAACCAGGCAUGCAGCAGUGCAGUGAGGAAGCCGGCCAUCUCUCUCGCAGACAGCACAGAGCUCAGAGUCCUACUUAGCAUCAUGUACUUGAUAGUGGAGACCAUUAGAGUUCAAACAGAGGAUGACCGACCUGAGUGGAGAGCAUCAAGAGAAGUCUUCAAGAAUGAGCUAGGUUCCCCUCUGUACAACGGUGAGCCCUUUGCCCUGCUCCUCUUCACCAUGGUGACCAAGUUCUGCAGCAUGAAUGCCCCGCACUUCCCCAUGAAGAAAGUGCUCCUGCUGCUCUGGAAGACAAUACUGUUCACCGUGGGGGGUUUCCAGGAGCUUCAGGAGAUGAAGGUGCGGGGCCGGGAGCGCCUCAACCUGCCCCCGCUGCCGGAGGACAGCAUCAAGGUGGUCAGGGCCAUGAGAGCGGCCUCGCCCCCGGCCUCUGCCAUGGAGCUCAUUGAACAGCAGCAGCAGCAGAAGAGAGGCCGCCGCAGCCGCAGGAGUGCCUUUGUUGAUAGCUUGGAAGGAGACAGUCCCUUUACCAAGAAGCAGCCCCUGGUCAAGCAGGACAGCCUGGACACGUACAACGAGCGGGACCCUUUCAAGAACGACGACGCCCGGGAUGAGGAGGAGGACCCCGAGGACACAGACAGCGGCAUCGAGGGCGAGGUUGACCCCUUGGAUCGCGAUGUCAUCAUCCAGCCCCCACCUCCGCCGCCUCCCCUCAGACCUCCUACAGAAAGGGUCAACUUCCCCAAAGGCCUUCCCUGGGCCCCUAAAGUCAGGGAGAAAGACAUCGAGCACUUCCUUGAGACCAGCAGAAACAAGUUCAUCGGGUUCACUCUGGGAAAUGACACAGAUACCCUGGUGGGCUUGCCUAGACCCAUCCAUGAGAGCGUCAAGACUCUGAAACAGCACAAGUAUGUGUCCAUCGCUGAAGUCCAGAUCAAAAAGGAGGACGAGCUGCAACAGUGUCCAAUGAGUCUGGGUGAAGAGGAGGUGGCGGAGACACCAACAGAGAUGCUUUACCUGGGCAUGCUUCCUAACCUCUCCCAGUAUGUGAUUGCCCUCCUGAAGCUGCUGCUGGCUGCAGCUCCAACCUCCAAAGCCAAAACGGACUCCAUCAACAUUUUGGCUGAUGUGCUGCCUGAGGAGAUGCCUAUCACAGUCCUUCAGAGCAUGAAGCUAGGAAUUGACGUGAACCGUCACAAGGAAAUCAUCGUCAAGGCCAUCUCUGCUCUGCUGCUGCUGCUCCUUAAACACUUCAAACUCAACCAUAUUUAUCAGUUCGAGAUUGUCUCCCAGCACCUGGUGUUUGCCAACUGUAUCCCACUCAUCCUCAAGUUCUUCAAUCAGAACAUAAUGUCCUAUAUCAGUGCCAAAAACAGCAUAUGUGUGCUGGACUUCCCCCACUGUGUGGUCCAUGAGAUGCCUGAGCUCACAGCUGAGAGCCUGGAAGCGGGAGACAGCAACCAGUUCUGUUGGAGAAACUUGUUCUCUUGUAUCAAUCUGCUGAGAAUAUUAAACAAGCUGACCAAGUGGAAACACUCCAGGACAAUGAUGCUGGUGGUGUUCAAGUCCGCCCCCAUCCUGAAGAGGGCUCUGAAGGUGAAGCAGGCCAUGAUGCAGCUCUACGUGCUCAAGCUGCUCAAGAUCCAGACCAAGUACCUGGGCCGCCAGUGGAGGAAGAGCAACAUGAAGACCAUGUCAGCCAUCUACCAGAAGGUCCGCCACAGGCUCAAUGACGACUGGGCCUACGGAAAUGAUAUCGACGCACGCCCCUGGGACUUCCAAGCGGAGGAGUGCGCCCUGCGGGAGAGCAUCGAGAAGUUCAACAGCCGCCGCUACGACAGGAACAAGAACGGCGACUUCGUGCCCGUGGACAACUGCCUGCAGAGCGUGUUGGGCCAGCGCGUGGAGCUGCCCGAGGACUUCCACUAUAGCUACGAGAUGUGGCUGGAGCGAGAGGUCUUCUCCCAGCCGAUCCAGUGGGAGGGGCUGCUGCAGAAUCCGUGAUGGAGGGAAGGGGUCUUAGGGCGGGGGGGGUGGCCUGUUUGGUUUCAGGGGGAGUUAUGGAGUCCAAGGAAGAGAAAGAGAAAGAAGCUGGAGAUGGAGAAGCCACCUCCCCAGGCUUUCCCGUGAUGGGAGAAGAUGGAAGAUGAAGGGUAAUAUGGCGCAAAUUUAACGAACGAAUAGAGCUGCCUACUCUAAACUCAGCACAAAUAGAUGUUAACAUGUGCCUAUGACUACUGUGAACACACAUGGAGCACAGAGGUAGCAGUUGAUAAGAAACCGCUGUAGCAGGAGACUGUUUCGGCCAGGUACACUGCCCCCUCCCCCCCAAAGAAUAUCUUCACCACUUUGUCAAUUUAUAUGUCUCCCUUUUUAAAAUGUUGGUGCUUUUUUGAAUCCUUGCUACAUCUUUUCCUAUUUAUUUGUAUCGAUGUGUGUGUGGUUAAAUUAUUUUCUUUUUUUGUUGUAAAUUUACAUGAUUUCUAAUCUGUUCAUCUCUUUUUCACACAAAGCCUAUUGUCGGUAUUGGGUUGUGGUCUGUGGAUGAUGGGUUUUAAAGUUUUUCUUAUGUAUUUAAAAAAAAAGGCCUUUGGGAAACAAACCACAGGGUAAUUUUGAUAGUCCAAAUGUAGACAUGGGAGCAAUUUCCACUAAUGGCAUAGUGAUCACUUAAUAUGUCACCAAAAAAUAAAAGACAUAUACCAGCAGUAAGUGGGGUUAGGGUGUGUGUAAUAAUCUGCAAAAUAGGCAGAUUUUUUUUUAUAUAGAGUCCUUGCUAUUCCAGAUAUCUCCAGGAACUUUGAAUCCAGAGAUCCCAGAACCAAAUCUGUGAGCGUUGAUGUCAUCCAGGAUUUUUUCGCGCUCGCAUUUGGAACCUUCGUCCUGUUAUGGUCCCAGAGGAAAGCUCUGUGCGGUGGCUGUGCACUGCUCUUCAACAGGGCUGUGCUGGUUAAUCAGACUGCGUUUGCCAAAGCAGCCAUUUAAGUCUUCAUCCUUGUUGUCUUUUUCUAUUUUAAGAUCUAAAAUACGGUUUGAAAACUGUUAUGAUAAAGCAUACAUUUGUGGAGGUUAAGUUUUCGAGUGUGAAUCAAGCUCCUAGUCGCCACAUGUGGCUGUUGGGGGGAGGGCGGGGGUGGGUGGCAAGACAGACACUUCUCCGAGUUGUUUUAUGGAACCUUCCUGGGCUAAUCAAACCUCAGUAAUGAGAAUAAUUAACAAUCCUGACUCCCCGCUUCAACCAGCGGAUUCCGAAUCUUUAGCUGCCUGACAAACAGCACAACAUGUACCCCACUGGGCCCCUCUGAGUUGGCCUUAUUAGGCUUCUAGGAAGAACACAACUGUCACACAAAUGGUGCCGUUUUUCUUAUUCCUAUUCGUCUUCACUGUACCUUUUUAUCGGUUUCUUCACGUCCAACUUCCUUAGCGGGCUCUCGAGAGUGGAGAUUGUUUCCCGGAAAUGUUUGAAACCGAAGCGCACAAACAAGCACAGAAAAAAAGCAUGUUUACCUUUCUUUCAUAUCAUUCGCGCCCGGUUCAGAAUGUUGUCACCUCGAGGGGUCGAAAGCAGUCAUUUAUUAGCUCGGCAUAGAACAAUACUUUUGACACUCAGUCUUGUGCUUCUCUGUGGAAAUGUGCAUGGCCACUGUUUGUUUUGGGUGCCUGGUGACAUUUAAAUAAGGUCUUUGGAUUGGCUUUUUUUUGUGUGUGUGUUCUCAGUGUUCUGCAUUAUAUGGGUGUUUUUGUUGUUUUCUUCAGGAAGGUGAAAUUGUUAAAUAAUAUUGUAUACUUUAUAGAUUCUCAGGUUUAUGGAGAUAAUAUAUUGCAAAAGUUGUAAAGCUUCCUUGCCAUCAUCUAUCUCACUACCUGCAGUGACGAAUACACAUUUAUCAUCACGUUCAUAUCUGAAAAUAACACCUCAAGUACUAAACAUGUACUGCAUAGGCUGGAUAUUUUCACUCGACACAAUAACUCAUUGUGAGUUUGUAUUUACGUCAGUGACAUUUCUAGUUCAGAUGUAUUUUUUUUGUAUCUAGUGCCAAAUUUGAGUGCCAUUUUCAGUUUUUAUUUCAUCGGUGUUGCCUUUGUGAUCACAUGUUAGGUCCUUCAUUCAAAUCACAGCUGAAGGUUUGCAAUACAACAUUUUUAUUUUCUACCUAAAAAUUGUACAAUCAAUAAAAAUAGCUGUUUUCUUGUAUAUGGUACAGUAUUAUACCAUAAUUGUUUAGCAUUGUAUAGGUGUUACUACGGUGUAUGUAUAUAAAUGUGUUUUUGUUACAUUUCCAUAUCUGAAUAUAUGUCUAAAUGAAUACUCAAUACUGCAGUUGUUCAGGGGUAUGUGCAAUUACAGAUCCAUAUAGGCAUUAUUCAAUGCAAUGACAAAGUACAAUAUCAGAGUUCCUUAUUAAACAAUGUUGAACAUUUGUGAUUGUUUGUAAAGUAAUCAUUUAUUAGCUAAGUGAGGCGUACAGAGGGUUGGGAGCUGGUACACACACUGUGAAGGUCAAACUGACCACACAUUCGCAUCACAUCACACAUUUCCUCAGGCCAAUGUUCCAACAGUUCGGGUACAGCUGUUGUGCAUGGGGACGCGAGCAUAUUCCCCUUUGUGACUGGCUGGUGCUGUAAUGAUGGAGUCAAUAGCCACGGAGAAAUGGGUACACAGAGUUUUAUUUUGUAUUUGUACGGUAAAUAAUGCCUAUAUUUCAAAGAUGGAAUUCCAGGUUUGUCAAAAUUCAAGUCUUUACAAGUAACAAAAGUGUGCAAUAAUGAAAUAACUGCAUAAACUUGCCACUAGUAUUCAUUGAUUUAUUUUUGUCAGCUAAGAAGUGUAGCGUGUAUUGCCCUAUUCCUGUUGCAGCAGAAUACAAGCAGUGUGAAAAGGGACAGAAAACAUAACCCCAUUGUGACAUCUUCUGAAUGAAGCUUACAUAAAGAGACAGUUGCUGUGUCGGAGCACCGCGACCAUGAAAGCAGCAGCUUCAGCGGCAGAGUGACUCCAGGCAAGAGACAUGACUCACUGAUCGCUUGGAUA